AUGGAAGCAAAUGAAUCGAUUCGAUCAAUAGAUAAAGAAAAGAUGUUUAACCAAAAGAUUUUUCUAAUUUUCAGUUUAAUGGUUGCCGUUUCAAUGGCAACCCCAGGUUUAUACGGAACCGCCAAUAGUGUUUCAUCAAGUGAAGGUACUGUCUUUGGUAUCUUUGUUGGAAAUCAAUUUAAAUCAUUAGUUGAACUUGGAGAAUAUACAGCAUAUCAAAAUGGAUCAGAUGCAUCAUGUACAGUUGAUGAUGUAUUUUAUGUUUUUGGACUUGAUGGCAAUGGCGACAAUGUAUUGCUUUCAUUUAAUACUACCGACCCAAGCAACUCACCAGCUCCCAUCACUGGUAGCACUGAUGCUUUGACCGCCUACCCAUUGCAAAACCUCUAUUGCGUUGCCGAUUCAGAGGGAGGUUUGCCAUACAUGAUUGGUGUUCAAUCACGUUCUGGUUCAUCUGGUUUUGUUAUCUCGUACAGCGACGGUACCUACCAAGGUAUCCUCUACACAUCUGAAUUGAACCAACAAUACUGGGGUUCGGCCUAUGAUGCCGUAGGUGGAGUUGUCUAUGUCUUUUCAAUGGACACUGGCUCGCUCGCCACUAUCGUCACUCGUUACUCUUUGGUUGCCAAGGCUGCCCAAUCGAGCACCCUCUCUAGCACCAGUCCAUCUGGUCUCUAUGGCGCCGUCUUUGGUGUCGAUGGCAACAUCUAUGGUAUUGCCUCGUCUUCCAACGGACUCCAACUCAACCUCUUCCAAUACGCUCCACAACAAAACCAACUCACCAUCUUUUCACACAGCUAUACCCUCGCACCAGGUACCGAGCUCUACAACGGUCCACAAACCACCAUGUCUGGUACUAGCUUUGCCGCUAGAUACUUGAUCAGCACUCCAACCGUCGACAUGUCCACUCUCUUGCUCACCUUUGACAUUAUCUCUACCUCUCCAACCCCUGUUGUUCUCUCUAAUUUCGCUGUUGAAUCUUUAUCCUAUGUUUUGGAGUAA